AUGUGGCUACAGAGCGUCCUCGACGACACCACGCAGCCGCCACGACUAUACGCAUGGACUCCGGAGAACCUGAAUAGCAUGAAACCCGAGUCUCGACGUUCGUCGCCAUCUCGGCUCUCGGACCCAGCACGACGCAUCUACAUUCUAGGUCUUGGCAAUCUAGGGCGCCUGUUCGCCAGCGGCUUGGUGCAGCACCACAGCAAACCCCCUAUUACGCUGGUUGUCCAUCGGAGGGAACUCCUAGAGCACUGGGUAUCCUCUCCAGCCAUAGAAAUUACUAGAAAGGGCUCUUGCCUUUCUACCGUCAAAUUCGCCGACUUCGACGUAGAGUGGUGGACCUCAGAAAAGCCCGUCUCGGGUCCCCUUUCGGAGCCGGCUUCCGGCAAAGCCAUCAAUAAUCUCAUCAUCGCCACCAAGGCGUCGGACGCUCUCCCGCAGGUGGAUAAGCUGCGAAAGUACUUGGAUUCCAACUCGACUGUCGCCUUCACCCAGAACGGAAUGUGCAAGCUGUGGCCUCCCCUUGGCAAUGCAUAUAUCCAUCAUCGAUUCCCUCAUGAUGGAGGUCCGAACUUCAUCGCCUGCGUCACGACACAUGGAGUACUGUCUCUAGGCCCGUUCAAGAGUAUGCACGCGUCGAUGGCCGAUGUCUCGGUGGGACCGGUCCUACGGAACCCUCAAACCGGACGUGGCCCGGAAUACCUCAUGGACCUUAUUUCUGAAGCCCCUGAUCUGGACGGCAGACAGGUCCCGACACCGCAACUGUGGAUACUACAGCUCGAGAAACUAGUGGUCAACUCCAUCAUCAAUCCCCUGACGGCGAUCCUGCGAUGCAAAAAUGGCAAACUAUUCGAACGUAAGGGAGACAAUGUAUCACUGGUUAUAGACGCCCUGGUUCAGGAAGCCAGCAAUGUCCUUGUGGAUUUGAUACGAGACUCGAGUAGCGCCCAGGUUAUAGGAGACAUGGACCAAGCAGUCAUAGACGAGCUCGUCGAGCGCUUCUCAUUUCCCAGGCUGCAAAAAAUGGUCCUCAAUGUUGGAGAAAAGGUUAAACAUAACACUAGUUCAAUGCUCCAAGACGUCUUGGCAGGCAAACAGACUGAGGUUCGACACUUCAACGGCUGGAUAGUAGAGACCGCCAACUAUCUGAACAGGGGCCAAGAUGUAUCAACGCACGAAAAAAUCAUAUCCCUCGUCGAAGGCGGAAAACAGAUGUGGAGGAGAGAACUGGUACAGAGUGUUCUUAGCAUCUAG